CGGGGUGCGACGAAAGAGCCCCAACGUGGGAGUCGCCGCGUCCACACGUCGCCGCUGAGCGCGCCCUGAUUCACGGGCUUUCCCCGGGCGCUUUCCUUUUCUCGGGGCCGGGCCCCAGUGUCUCACUAAGCUUUUCUGGGCCUAGCACCUGGUGCGGGGCGGGACACGUCAUUGCAGGGCUGGGGUCCUUUUGCGUUGACACAGUUGAAAGGAAACGGAGUCAUUCCCCCGUCCCCGUGGUCUGGGUUAAGGGAAGCCGCCGCCUCGUGGGAAACGCGGCUCUUUCAAACAUGCUUUCCAAGGAAUGGCGUGCGUGGUUCUUCUCUAGUAGUGUUGGUUGCGGUCACUUGAGAGCUUCUGCUUCACAAAGAUGUAUGGUUGGUGACUUUCUCUCCAGAUGCUGAGGUACCUGAAUCCCUGGCGUAGGCCUUUACUGAGCUGUAGUUGGAGUAAACUGUGCCUUCUAAAGCAGUGUCUAUUUACAAUGAAGUUGCGGUCCCCAGAAUUCCAGUCACUCUUCACAGAAGGAUUGAAGAGUCUAACAGAAUUAUUUGUCAAAGAAAAUCAUGAGCUAAGAAUAGCAGGAGGAGCGGUAAGGGAUUUAUUAAAUGGAGUGAAGCCUGAAGAUGUGGAUUUUGCAACGACGGCCACCCCCGCUCAAAUGAAGGAGAUGUUUCAGUCGGCGGGGAUUCGUAUGAUCAACAACAAGGGAGAAAAACACGGAACAAUCACGGCCAGGCUUCAUGAAGAAAAUUUUGAAAUUACUACACUACGGAUUGAUGUCCUCACAGAUGGAAGACACGCAGAGGUAGAAUUCACAACUGACUGGCAGAAAGACGCGGAGCGCAGAGAUCUCACUAUCAAUUCUAUGUUUUUAGGUUUUGAUGGUACAUUGUUUGACUACUUUCAUGGUUAUGAAGAUUUAAAAAAUAAGAAAGUUCGAUUUGUUGGACGUGCUAAACAGAGAAUACAAGAAGAUUAUCUUCGAAUUUUAAGAUAUUUCAGGUUUUAUGGAAGAAUUGUAGAAGAACCUGGUGACCAUGAUCCUGAAACUUUGGAAGCAAUUGCAGAAAAUGCAAAGGGCUUGGCUGGAAUAUCAGGAGAGAGGAUUUGGGUGGAAUUGAAAAAAAUUCUUGUUGGUAACCACGUAAAUCAUUUGAUUCAUCUCAUCUAUGAUCUUGAUGUGGCUCCUUACAUAGGUUUACCUGCUAAUGCAAGUUUGGGAGAAUUUGACAAAGUCAGUAAAAAUGCUGAAGGUUUUUCACCAAAACCGAUGACUCUCUUGGCCUCAUUAUUCAAAGUACAGGAUGAUGUCACAAAAUUGGAUUUGAGGUUGAAGAUUUCAAAAGAAGAGAAGAACCUUGGUUUAUUUAUAGUUAAAAAUAGGAAAGAUUUAAUUAAAGCAACCGAUAGUUCAGAACCAUUGAAACCCUAUCAGGACUUCAUAAUAGAUUCUAGGGAAUCUGACGCGACUACUCGUGUAUGUGAACUACUGAAGUACCAAGGAGAGCACAGUCUUCUGAAGGAAAUGCAGCAGUGGUCCAUUCCUCCAUUUCCUGUAAGUGGCCAUGACAUCAGAAAAGCAGGUAUUUCUUCCGGAAAAGAAAUUGGAGCUCUAUUACAACAGUUGCGAGAACAGUGGAAAAAAAGUGGUUAUCAAAUGGAAAAAGAUGAACUUCUGAGUUACAUAAAGAAGAACUGAUGAAAGCUGGCUACUAAAAGGUGGAAAAUUUUGGUAAGACUCCCUUGGUGAGACUUAGAUAUAUACUGCAGAGUAAAUAUCUGCUUUGAGGACUUCUUUUUUAGAAGAAUUAGGGUCUUCUUUGUGAAAUAUCAAUAUAUUUCAUGCACUAAAUUCUACCAAGUCUGCCUCCUUUUAAUCUGACUUACAUUGUUGAACUUCAUAAUUCUUUUAGAAUAGUUCCUACUGAGAAGUAUAUAGUUGGCUUCUCCUAUCUUUAUCUAGGGGUUUUUUAUGUUUUCUUUUCUUUUUUUUGGUAGCAUAGGGAAUUACUAAGAUUGGUCUUAAAAAAAAGUUGUUAACUGGCUUGGAGAAAAAAUGUAAAGUAUGCAGUUGAAACAACAGGGUUAUUUUUGUCAAAAACGAUUGCCUACUAUACUAUGUGUCUGUUGUUAUUUUCUAUCAUAAUGGUUUCUUUAUACAUACCAAGCCUAGAAAAGUUGAAUUACGAUUGUUAGUAGCUUGAGAGUUACUCUUGAGCCUAUUAUUUUAAUAAACAUUUCCUUUAGAAUUAAAACAUAAAUGUGUUUAUUAUCUGACAGUAUAUAUAUCAGGUACCAUAUAUAGUGAUUCUAAUGUAAUAUUACUUUUAACUUUUUCUUAAGAGGAUUAUAUAUGGCAUAGUUACAUUGAAAUUUCCAGAUAAGGUGCUUUUUAAAGAUUUGAGUUCUGAAUGCUUUCAGUAGGUAAACAGGUCUUUUGCGAACAACUAUUGUUUAUUUCAGCUGCUGUAUUCUGACAUAGAAGGGAAACCGAUUUUCCUUUCUAUGUAGCCAGUGAUAGCAAUUUUGGACCUUUGAAAC